AUGGGGGCCGGCGGUGCGCGCGUGCCCUUGGUGCCCGAUGCUGCUGGGCUCUUGGCCUUUGAUGUCCAAGUCGUGCAGGGCCAAACCUGGUUUUCUGAGGGCCGCACCAUGGAGAUGAACAGUCGGCUGGACAAGUAUGCUGUCGCGGCUGCGGAGAGGCAAAACAAAGAAUUCAAGAAGGAAGAGAAGAAGGGCAAGAAGAAGGAAAAGAAGAAGAAAGAUAAGAAGAAGAAAGACAAAAAGCGAAAGAAGGACAAGAAGAAGGACAAGAAAAAGAAGAAAAAGAAGAAAUCUUCGUCCUCCUCCUCCUCCGGGUCCUCCUCGAGCUCCUCCGGCUCCACUGGAAAGGCUGCAGAGGAAGGCGAUGAGCCAGGUGACACACAGGAAGCACAAGAGGUGGCAGCUGAGUUCCAUGGCAAGGAGGAGAAUCAGGAGGAGGGGUCGCCUGAGAAGUCCAAGAAGGACAAGAAGAGCGAGAAGCACGACAAGGAGAAAUCAAAAGGAGAAAAGAGGAAACACAAGGAGGACUGA